AUGAAUGCAGAACAGAGGACGGCAGCGGAACGGCGCUGCCUUGGCCGUGCCCGGGCUGCGCUGCCUGGCACACGGACGCUGCUUUGUGCCCACUCAGUGCCGUUCCCACCCGCCACCGCAGCGGCGGUUCUGACACUCUCGUACCUUUCAACAGCUGCUUGUACAACUUCCCCUAAACGUUCCAGUGUAACAGCAAGAGCGACGGCAGCGCUGCCAGCACAGGCAGCCAGUGGUGCUGUACCAGCGCCGGAAUCCCUGCAUACGUACCUCAGCCUGUCAUCUCAUCCCUUCUUGUACAACGUGCACGUCCUCACCUUCAAGUAUAGAAGCUACUUUACAGGGAUUGAAAAUGAUGUAGAAGAACCCAGGAUCCACAGCACCUGCUGCCGCACGGCACUCUGGGUACCUGUGUCAGUUCAAAAUCCUGACAGGAAAACUAAACCAUCAGCCACCGCAAUAAAUCCAGUGGCAAGUCAUGUGCCAGCAGGAGCCACGGAACACAGGUUGUAUUUGUUUAAUCAAGCCAACAACUCUGGUCUGCUCAGCAAGAGAUCCUGUGGAAUUCCACACAACAAGCCAUUCUUUCUGGUAAUAGGUUACGCUCUUGCAGCUUUGGAUAUUCCAGCCCUUUACAGAGCUCCGUUGCCCACCUCUGAUUUCUCCCCAACGCUUGAAAGCACUGGCAGGAAAACCAGACCCAGCGUUCCAGCAGGUUUUUCUAGCACUUUAGACAAAAGCAUCUCCCCAGCUCGGAUGAGAAACAAAAAGAACGUAGCUAAUGCGUAAGGAGAGGAUCAGAGACCAAACCAACGUUCAUGAAAGUUAUUCCAGAAAGAGCACACCUCAUUAAGCUUCUUUUUAAAAAGUAAUAACCUGUUAGUAUGGCGGUCAGUGCUAGCUCAAUACAGCUGUAGCCAACGUUUUUUUAAAACCAAAUCACUGAGCUAAUGCAAAUCCCUGGCCACAUACCUGAAAUCAGCCCCAAACACUAACACCGCUUCUAGGAGAAUGGUUUAAGAAUUAUUUUUUGUAUCAAAAGUCUCAAAGUCUGGCUUGAUCGAUAGUUAGGAAAGAAACGCGUAGAAGCAGGAGCAAAGCUUGUUUGCAUCUGCCAGUUCACAAAUACAAACAAGAACGGGAUGGUUAAAAGCCACCCAGGCACUUACCCGCUUCAGACACUCCCUUCAUCAACUCAUCCUGUGUCAGACACAGCGUAGGUUUCUUAGUAAGAAGGUCUUAACUGUGUAGUCGUGUAUAGAAAGGGGUCAAUCAGGUUAGUAGAAAGCAGCACACGAGUUGGUGUAAAUGAGAGAGAGAGAGAGA